AAUAAAGUUCAGAUCUCACUUUCUAUCUCCAUAUUUCCUCCUUUACUUCUUCUUUCCUUAACACCCAACCCAUUUUUCUCCACGCCCAUUUCACUUCCAAUUGUUGAAUUUCACAACAUUCUAGCCACUUUUGCUAAAACUCGAUAUGAAACUUUAAUUGAGUAUUGAGAGAUGAAAGAAUAAGGGUAUCAAAAAAUAAAUAGUCGAUCGAGCUGUCCUUUUUCCUUUGAUCUCCUUUGAUCCGUGGAAAGAUAUAUAUUGAAUUUCACAACGUUCUCUUCCAGGCCUUUCAACCAAUCGGUACUACUCCCAAGAGCCGCUUUUGCUAAAACUCGAGCAAUUUCUUGAAAACUCGCAUCAAAUAUGAAGCUUUGAGUAGUGAGAGAUGAAGAGAUAACAGAAUCAAAAAUAAAAUAUUUGAUCGAACUGUCUUUCUUCUUUCGAUCCGUGGAAAGAUAUACUCCGGAGUUCUAGAUUUAUUUAUCUCCAUUUCACUUCCAAAUUAUAAAAUCUCUCUACGUCGAAACAAAUGGCGACUCUGCAAAAAUUUAAGCUAUUAGCGACCCAAUGUGCAGUAGCAGCAAGUCCAACUCGAAGCCCAACAACCAGCCCAGUUAUUCACCUCCGCCGCCGCAGAACUCUCCGCAUGCUCCUCAGCCGAGGGGGCGAUCGCGGCAGCAGAGGCGGUCAUCCGUCCGGAGACAAUACGUCUCCGGAUCGGAUAUCCAGCGAAUCUCGAGAUUCGCCGGAUAAUAAAGAAAAUGAACUGGUAGGAAGAAGUCACAAGCUUAAGGAUUUAUUCGUUUCGGAAAAUUCGAGACCGGAGUUUUCACCGGAAAGUGAUGGUGCAGGCGGUAGUAUUGUGAGUAUUCGUUCAGUUAGGCCGUUGUCAGCGACUUUCCGGCAACGGUUGCUUAGGAGAGUUUGGAGACCUAUGCUUGUGAGUAUACCUGAAUAAUUAAAAUUUGGAAUAUUGUAUUAGUGCUAAACAGUGGUGAUAAAUGAUAAUUAGAGAAUAAAUCAAAAAUGUUUUGAAUCCUA